GUACAUGCAGGCACGAAGCCGCACCAGUGCCUCGAGUGUGCGAUGGCGUUUGUAACCAAGGGGGAGUUGGUGCGGCACGGCCGCUACGUCCACACCGGCGAGAAGCCCUUCAAGUGCUCUGCAUGCGAGUACACAAGUGUGGAGGUGAGCAUGAUGAAACGCCACAUGAGGUCGCAUACUGGCGAGCGUCCGUUCCAGUGCAGCGCGUGCAGCUACGCUAGCAAGGACGCCUACAGGCUCAAGCGGCACAUGAGGACGCACUCCGGGGAGAAGCCGUACGAGUGCCCGGUGUGCCGGGCGCGGUUCACCCAGAAGAGCUCCAUGAAAUCCCACGUGCAGCAGAAGCACACGGAGGAGGGGGCCACUCCACGCUUCUCUUGCCCGCACUGCGACGCUGUCACAGCACGCAAGAGUGACCUGGGCGUGCAUCUGCGCAAGCAACAUGCGCUGGUGCGUCGUGGACUGCGCUGCCGCUACUGCACGGCCACCUUCCACGAGCACUUUGCCCUGAUGCAGCACCAGCGCUGCCACCACCACGAGAAGCACUUCAAGUGCGACCGCUGCCAGUACGCCUGUACACAGGAGCGACACAUGAUAGCUCACAAGCGAUCUCACACGGCCGGGAAGCCGUUCGACUCGGCCCAACUCCCCAUCGACGAUGAGGAGGCAAGGCGGGAGGAGGAGGAGGAGGAAGAGGCGGUGGUGAAGGUGAAAGUCGAGGAAGAAGAGCAGAGUCAGGAGGAGGUGGAAGAUUCCAAACCACCCUCUGCUAAGCGACGUCCCGCCCCGCCAUCCAAAGCCAGACGAGGCCGACCGGCAAAGUCCAAAGAAUAACCGGGCGAGACCUUGGGUGGGUGAGUUAGUGAGGUGGGGGUAGGUGGGUGAGCUCGUGAGUGGGUGGGUUAGCUUGUGAGUGAGUUAGUGGGUGACUACUGGUUCAGUGGGUGGGUUAAUGAGCG